AAUGUGUGCGAAAAGAUUUGAUACUAAACAUAGUUUGCUCGUGCAUAUAAGGACAGUACACGAUGGUCGGAAAGACUUAGCCUUCAAAAACUCCAAAGAUUGCUCAUGUAACAAUCGCGGGAAGAAAUUUGGAAAACAAUUGGAUUUGUUGAAGCAUCAAAGAACAGUUCAUGAAAGUCGAAAAGAUUUCGCAUGUAACAAGUGCGAGAAGAAAUUUACACGAAAGCCGAGUUUGCUCGUUCACCAAAAUACUGUGCAUGAAAAACGUAAAAAUUAUCGAUGCAACAAGUGCGAGAAGGUAUUUGGACGAAAAGAACAUUUGCUCAAACACCAAAAGACAGUCCACGAAGGUUGUAAAAAUUUUGCAUGUGACAAGUGCGAGAAGAAAUUCGGAUAAAAAUGGCUUUUGCUCUUCCACCAAAAGAGAGUCCUUGAAGAUAAUUAAGAUUUUAUAAACCUCCAUCGAAUUUGAGCUAGCUACAUAAUUCGCAGAAACUAUACCUAUCGGACAAUUCUCAAAGUUUCUUAAGAUUACGUAUGUGAUAAAUACGUUCAUUUCUCAUAAUUGGAAAUGAACGAAUAAUUUGUUGCUUAUACGAAAUUUUUGAACUCAUUGUAGCCAUAGGCUUGGAAUAAUUUAUCUGAAAAUAGCGUAUAUCUCAUCAAUGAAAUAACAACAAACUUUCAUUUUUGCUUGUCAAUUUUAAAUAUAUAUAAAUAAUUAUAAGAAUAGAUUAGUUUUCCUGAAAGGUCAAUAAAAAU